UAUUUUUAUUCGUUAAUGAAGUCUCGUGAUGUUAUUUUCGGAAAAAAGUUUAUUGAUGGCAAGUAAAGUAACAGACGGCUAGCAUCUGUACCUUGUUUUGACACGGAGUGAUGUGUUAAGAUUAUGUCCUUCAUAUAUAGUUGAAGGGCAUAAGAACUCUUUCGUUUCCAAUUAACGCUGUGCUGGAAAUACAUGUUUUGUUACGUAAAGAAAUGAUUGCUUUGCCGAGUUUGCAGUCGAAACUCCUUCACAGAAUGGUGAUAUGCCGCUCGUGUAGUGUACGCAUUGAAACAAGGCCACAAGUUUGCUGAAGCGGCAAAAAUGCAGCGACUUUCCUAUGCCGGAAGAUACCCCGAGCAGCAGAGUUUGAAGACUCCGCCGGCUUCCUUACUUCUGGUGUCAGUGUUGGGGUCGUUUGUUCUAGCAGCAGGCUCAGUAAUUCUUCUGGCACCAGAAGACCGCAUUUCAGUUGCCCGUGGGGCCUGGCUUUCGGGGCUUGGUCUUAUCUUCUUCGUUUCGCUGUUUGAUCUCCUUAAUCAUGUGGCAUUGCAGACGAAUGUGGGACAUGUGUUCCGAAAAAAGUACGAACUAACAUUGUAUGAAGUCCUCGAUAUUUCCAACAAAACUGUGUCAGCAGUUCAGGCAGUAUUAUCGUGUAUCACGGGAUCCAUUGUAUGUAUGUGGUCAUGCACACGUGACUUCCUGCGAUCUUCACAUUUCAUGUCAGAAGCGUAUGCAUGGUUUGGUGCUUCAUACUUCUUCUAUGAUAUAUGGUCAAUGUACAAAGUCCAUACAUCUGGCAAAAGUGAUGUGGAGCGACAACAACACAGUGGUCACUGCCUUGCACAAUGGAGCGAUUACAUUUGCAAACAGCCAAUGAUAGUACUGCAUCAUUUGUUUAUUGGCUCAUUUGGAUUCCUCGUCAUUGUUCAUCUGAGAGGUGACUUAGGGGACUGUAUAUUUGGGGUUGUGUACCUUAUGGAACUCAGUACACCUUUUGUCUCUUUUAGAGGCAUCCUCAGUAAGUUAAAGAUGAAAUCAUCACAGCUUUAUGUGGUCAAUGGUCUAGUCAUGCUAGUCACGUUUUUUCUCUGCCGUGUAAUUACGCUCCCAUAUGUCUGCUAUAAGUACAGUGACUAUGUAGGAUUGUCAUUUUGGGAGGCUUUCAUAUCGCUGCCUACUGGUUGUAAAAUUAGCAUAGCCAUAUUGAUGUUUCCUCAGAUAUAUUGGUUUAUUCUGAUGGUAAAGGGUGCAUUUUCAGUUUUUUUUCCAGUGAAGUAA